AUGUCAACCCAGCCUUCCAAGCUAGAUGUCACUUCGGAACAGCUUCGAUCACUCUACACACAAUUUCAAACUAUACUAGACGAGAAAGUGGCUCUGCAUUUACCCCAGGAGCAGGACUCCGUCAAAGGCGAGGUUUUGCUGCAGUUGCAGAAAUAUUUAGUUGAGGCGAUGGAAGCGGCCUCCGGCUCCUUGCGUGUAGUGAAUGUGAAAGAAAGCGCUUCCAUGGCCGACAUUUUGGCACGUUCACAAGAACAAUUUGUGGAGCCGUUUGAUUUGGCUCUUAAUGAACAAGUUCGACAGAAGUACCAGGAGUGGGAGGACCAAACGGUGAAAGUUGCACAGCUUCGCCGCGAAGCUCCCCGUAAGCUGUGUGAGUCUUACAAGUCUGAGGCCCAGGAGGUUUUAAAGAUUGCAGACCGUCUCAUAGAGGGACUUCCGAACGAUAGUGACCUGGGAGAAAGCAUCGAAGAAGAAGGGCCGGCUCUGACCACCGUUCCUGAAUUUCGAGAGGACUAUAUGGAAGCUCUUACCAACUUGGCGGAAGUCAAGGAGCAACUGCCGCGUAAUAGAGCCAAUUUACAAAAACUUGGGCAAUUGGUCAACUUUCUGGAGGGGGAACUGGAUUCCGGAUAA